AUGCUUGUUCUCGAGCAUUCGCGCCACCAACAGUUUGUGGAUCAAGUGUACGAUCUUGAGCAAAGCAUCCAGGCACCCUAUCCGAGCUUGGCCAUGGAUCCAUACGAGACUGUCGACCCUAUGAUGUCCUUUCAUCCGUUGCCCUACUCAUAUUUUGAGAACCCAUCCAUCUUCUCUACCGCACAGGUGCAAAUCAAGCAAGAAAUGCAUCAAAUGCAUGAUUUUUCAAGAUCGGCCGUUUCGUCAGCCUCAGCGCCAUCAAUCCCCAGCGCAUCGUCCUCAACUGUCGGAUCACCGUACUCUGGCCCUUCUCACACCAUUUCCAGUCAGGACGGCUUUGAACAACACGCCGUGACUUAUGGACUGGGUGUCAUGCCCACCAUUGUCAACCACGAGGCCUUCCCACAAGAAUUUGGAAUUUCCAUGGAGUCGGAGCUUCCCAUUCACAGCCAUGAGAAGCUCUCAAAUAGCUUUGUUGAUCCAUCCUUAAUACACGCCCCUCAACCGUACGGAGAGGCUUCCUAUCCCGAACAGGCACUGUUUCCCCCCAACCUGCAGUCAUACUCGAGUCUAUCCCCAUCUGGCUCACCCGCUUUGUCCCCCCAACCAUACAAUAACUUUGCACCAACACAGUUCGCCGACCCUAUGACAAACCCCAACUUCUAUCAACAACAAGCACAGCUAAGCCGACGGCCUUCACUCGCAUCAUAUGUGUCUGGCGGCUCGCGUUCAAGCCCAGUCUCCGAGUUUGAUGAAGAGGGCCGAGAGAAGGGUCGAUGCCCUCAUGCCGAUUGUGGCAAGGUCUUCAAAGAUUUAAAGGCUCAUAUGCUUACUCAUCAAUCCGAGCGACCGGAGAAAUGCCCCAUUCUGACCUGUGAAUACAAUCAGAAGGGGUUCGCUCGAAAGUAUGACAAGAACCGACACACUCUGACGCAUUACAAGGGUACCAUGGUCUGCGGCUUCUGCCCAGGUUCCGGGUCUCCUGCGGAAAAGAGUUUUAACAGAGCGGAUGUCUUCAAACGCCAUUUGACAUCUGUCCAUGGAGUGGAGCAGACCCCUCCAAACAGCCGAAAACGCAGUCCCGCGUCUAAUCAUCGCAAACUGUCAAGUUACUGUCAAGACGCUACUGGCAAGUGCUCGACUUGCUCGCAGACAUUCAACAAUGCUCAGGACUUCUACGAGCAUCUUGAUGACUGUGUGUUACGGGUGGUUCAACAAGAAGAGCCCAGUGAAGCAAUCAAUGCCCAGCAUCUUGCUGCCAUGUCCAGUGAUAGCCAUGUGCAGGAAACCAUGGAUCUCCACAUGAUCAAGACCGAAGAAAUUCCUCCAAUGAACUUUGACGAGGAGGACGAGGAGGAGGAUGACGACGACGAUGAGGAUGACGAGGGCGAAGACCCUUCGUUCCACGGUCGAUCUGGAAAAGGAUCAAUCAAGAGCCACAAACAUCCUGCCCAAGCACGCGCCGUCAUUGGUGCUGGUGUGUCCAAGGGCAAAGCAUCCAAAAAGGGUAUGACCUGGUCAAAGGGAGGGGUUGCUCUGGCUGGCAAAGGCCGCAAGAAGAGAAAGCACUAUCCUCCCUCCUGGGGGAUGUCUGCCGAGAAGAUGCGAAUGAAGAAACGGGUCCUCUGUGUCUAUGACGGAGACCGCAGACUGUGGAAGGACGACAUGAUGCUGCACAACGAGUUCGAGGUUCGGAUGACUUUGCCAGAUGGUAAGAACUACGUCACCGACCUCGACGUGGAGACAAUGAAGAGAGCAGUUGCGUUCCACAAUGCCACUGAGGAAGAGAAGGGCCCAUGGCUUCCCACUGCCGAAGAAGAUGCACAAGGAUAUGUUGACUUGAAUGCACUGAUGGCAAUAUGA